CUGAGCCGAACCGCCCCCCCCGGGCUGAUCUGAGCCGAACCAGGACACCGGAUUCCCUCCCCCUUUACCGGACAGCCAUGAGCCCCCGGCGCGGUCCCUCUCGGCCCGAGAUGCUGCCCGAGAUCGCUGCCGCCGUCGGGUUCGUCUCCGGCCUCCUGCGGACGCGGGGCUGCGUCAGCGAGCAGCAACUGCAGGUCUUCGGCGGGGCGCUGCGGGAGGCGCUGGCAGAGCACUACAAACACCACUGGUUUCCCGAGAAACCCUUCAAAGGCUCCGGCUACCGCUGCAUCCGCAUCAACCACAAAAUGGACCCCAUUAUCAGCAAGGCAGCGAGCCAGAUCGGACUCAGCCUCCCGCAGCUCUACCAGCUCCUGCCCAGCGAGCUCACGCUCUGGGUGGACCCCUACGAGGUCUCGUACCGCAUUGGGGAGGACGGCUCCAUCUGUGUCUUGUACGAAGCGACCGCCACGAAACCCGGGAGCUCCUACGGGAUGCUCACCUGUAAGAACCAGAUGAUGUUCGGUCGCACCAGCCCUUCCAAAAACUACAUCAUGACUGUCUCCAGCUAAAUCCUCCUCAUGUCCUUACACUGCCAAGACACGGGCUACUGUAUACCUCACCUGAGGAUCUAUUUUUAAAAUGAAGAGCUAUUUAUAUUUUUUAAGAAAAUCCAAGAAAAUCCAAAAUUAAAAUAUUGGGCACUGCUUCAGACAGGAGCAGUGCUUUCGGUGCCUUUUUUAAAGCUGUUGCAAGCUUAUGAGUUUUUAUUAUGAAGCCGAUAUCUACCUAAUUAGUGUUGGAUGGCAAUUGUCAUGGGCUGGCUCUCUCACUUGGGCAGCUUGGAAUGGAGGAAGAGGGGGAAGAGGCAGGCUGGGACGUGUGGCUGGUGUGGGGGAGAUCUCACCUCCUCCCUGCCCUGGUCCCCAGCAGUGUUGUCACCAAGUGUUGUGAUACUGCUAGGGAAGGGACAAGGGACAUCUUUCCUUCACCAGUUUCACUUCCCAGCUCAGCUGAUCUCUGGGGCCUGGAUAAAUCAUAAGGGGGAACCUUGCCCUGAGGGCUCGGUAAUGCUGGGGGCUCUGGGACCUCUCCUGCUCUUGCUUUUCUGGACCCACCCACUCUGAGUCCUGCAGCUCUGGGCUGCCCCCCCGGAGCACAAAGCGAGGGGCAGUGCAUGGCUGGUCUCCAACCCCCCCAUCUCCUGCCUGCUGCUGGGCUGAGGGGCCCUGGGGGUGUCCUCACCAUGUGAAACACCUGAGGCAGAGAUGUGGUGGUUGGGGAGCACCAGGCUGUGCCGUGGAGGUCCCCAGGAUGAAUACUGCAGACGCUGUGGUGGCACCGGAGUGCUCUUUGUUCCUGGUGCUCCCUGGUACCUGGCUGUCACCACAGCUGUCUGCACUGGGAGGGUGCUCCAGACCCUGAAAUCAGCUCUGAAUUACAAGGCCUGCCUGCUCUGGAGGGCUCAGACAUCCUGCCCGUGGCCUCUUGCGCAUAAAAAUUGCCUAAUCUGGUGCUGACGAGCUGCUGCGUCACUUCUCUGGAAGAGCUGAAGCAACUUGCCUUGUGCCCUAGAGGUUGGUGUCAGAUCCUCUUUUGCCUUCUCUCCUAAAAUCCCAAGGUAUUGGGGAUCUCUGCCCCCUGUGCUUGCUGCAGUUCCGAGGCUGGGGUGCUCAGGUGCUUUGGGGUCAGUGUUGCUUUUAAAUUCCCACCUCCUCUUCCCUCUCUUCCUCCCCUGGGUGCUCAGCAGGAGGCUGCCCCUGGGAGCUGGCUCAGCUGAGACCUUGCUGGGGGCACCACCUGGUUCCGAUCUCUUGGUACACAACUGUUUUGCACAAUUAACGCCUGGUCCUGUGCUUUGCCCCCUCAAGCAGAACUCCUCGUGGAGUCCCAGCGGUACUUGUAUUCAGGGAGACUUGCCUGAGCGUUGCUCAGGAUUUGGCCCUUAAACUGCUCUGGCUACUACAGGCUGGGUGGGAACCAGCAGUGCUGCCCC